UUUUUUAAAAAAAGAGUAAUUAAUUCUCGCAUGAUGAUCUAAAUCAGUGCAUGUUUCUCAAAAUAAAGAAAAACAUAUAUUUUAAUAAUAACUGUACUAUAUCAUUUAAUUAUUGUUGCUGCCAAUUUUUAAUACAGGGAGUUUCUUUUAGACCUACUUCAAAUAAAGAGAGAUGAGAGCUUUUGUCUUUAUUUUGGUAGUAGCCAGAUUAAACCAGAGUUGUCUGCAUGUGGUCAUGCCAUAUUGUUUGUGCUUAUUAUGAUCAUCUGACUUCUAUUAGAUGGCGCAACAAUAGCCAUAAUUGUCUUUUAUUUAUGUUGUAGUUCUUUUGUUUAUUUCUGCACAAGUAUUUGUUUGUGCUUAUCAUGAUCAUCUGACUUCUAUUAGAUGGAGCAACAAUAGCGACAAGUUUGUACUAAUUUUCAUGAGUAGUUCCUUCAAAAACAAGGUUACCCGUCAAGCAAAUCCUUUUGAAGAUGCUGCUGUUGUUCAUGAAAUUAGACAGAAAGUUGGGCACCUCAUAAAACUUCGUGUGGAUGCCAAUCGUAAUUGGACAUAUGAAGAAGCUGUUCUGUUUUGGUCCUGUGUAAAAUGCUAUGAUCUUCAAUACAUUGAGGUAUCAGGACCCAGUAUGCAUGAUGAUUGUUUUCUUGAAGGAGCUGUGGCCAGAUAUAAAGGACUCAAAUUUAUUUCAGGAAAAAUUUUCCUUAAAAUGAAGGCAGCAAAGGGAAAGGGGGCUACGAAGAAGGAAACCAAGGAAGCUUUGAAGCCAGUUGAAGACAGGUUGAUUGAAAGCUCAAGUUUAUUGUUGUUAAUCCUUCUCCUUCUUUUUUUCCGUAUGCUUUGAGAUGGGAUUAAGUGGGCCUGGGUUGUAUUAUUAGAGUGGUUCUUUCACCUGCAACAUUGUAAAUAAGGUGGUGUAGAGAGAUCUUUCUACACUUUUUCUUCUGCGUUAACACACUAGGUUCUAGCAGUUCAUCAGAUGAAAACUAAGGAUUGCUUACAAUUAUUCUAUACAAAAAAAGAUUUUGAAUUAA